UGAUAAACCCACAGCCACACUGACAGCAAUGGAAACAGUCAUACCAGCAGGGGGCAGUGUUACACUGACCUGCUCUGUUGACGGAUCUACUGGCUGGAAGUUUGACUGGUUCAGAAAUGGACAACAAUAUCCUGCAGAUGGAUCCUCCAGAAACACAGAACCAGAUGGAACCAUCAGAGUCUCAGAGGGAGGAAAGUACAGCUGCAGAGGAGGAAGAGGAGGAAGAGGAGACCCAGUUUUUUACUCAGGAACCAGCAGAGAGGUCACCAUUCAGAUAACUGAUCCCAAUAAACCCAGUUUGGUUCUUCAACCCAACUGGUCUCAGAUCUACAGAGGAGAGAAAGUCACUCUGAGAUGUGAGAUCCAGGGAGGAACUCAGUGGACGUAUGAAUGGAGACCAACCAAUAGAAACUCUCCAUCAUCCAGUGAAUACAGGAUCAACUCAGCUACUGAGUCCCUCAGUGGAGAAUACAGCUGUAGAGGAAAAAGAGAAGGGUUUUCCUGGACACCAUGGAGUAAUGUUGUUAACCUAACUGUGUCACCCAAACCUCAGCCUGUCCUCUCUGUGUCUCCAUCAUGGCUGAAUCCUGGAGCCUCAGUGACUCUGAGCUGUGAGGGUUUGGAGCAUCAACCAGCAGGAUGGAGGUUCUUCUGGUAUAAAGCUGUUCCUGAUCCAUCCAGCAUCUCCUACACCUCUGAGCUGCUUCCUGGCAGCACCAAUGGUUCUGAGCAGAACUCCUUCAUCACUAAUGGAUCGACUCUCACAGCAGGAUUUGUGUGCAGAGCAGGAAGAGGAGAACCAGAGUUUUACACUCAUUACAGUGAACCAGAGUUUGUCUGGUCUGCAGAUCCUCGUCCAGCAGCUUCUCUCUCAGUGAAUCCUGACAGAGUUCAACACUUCAGAUCUGAAUCUGUGACUCUGAACUGUGAGGGAAACUCUUCUGAGUGGAGAGUGAAGAGGUUUACAGAAACAGGAAAACUGUCAAACUGCUCCAUCUGGGGAAACCUGACUGGAUCUACAUGUAUCAUCGACCCAAACCGGUUUAAUAGUGGAGUUUACUGGUGUGAGUCAAAAUCUGGAGAGUUUAGCAAUGCUGUCAACAUCACUGUACAGGAUGAUGAUUCUGCUCCUCUCCUGCUGAGUCCUGUUCAUCCUGUGACUGAGGGAGAUCCUGUUACUCUGAGCUGCAGAGAUAAAGAACAACAACUUCUCUCCAAUGUGUUUUUCUAUCAUAAUGAUAAACUCCUCCAUAAUGACAGCAGAGGGGAGCUGAAUAUCUCUGCAGUGUCAAAGUCAGAUGAAGGUUUCUACAAAUGUCAACAUUCAGGAAAAGAUUCACCAAGGAGCUGGAUGUCUGUUAGAGUAACUGUAUCCAGUCCUGUCAGCUCUUCAUUUCCUGUCAUGUUGAUCGUUGGACCAGUUGUUGGAGUCGUUCUCGUUAUUCUCAUUAUUCUCCUGGUAUUGUGGCGCUGCAGACGGUCCAAAGAUUUAAGCAGUAACAGAUUGAAUCAACCAGAGAGCAGCAAUCCAGAUCAUGAAGUGACCCAGAAUGACGGUUCUGUUUACAACUCUCUGCUCCCUGAUGAUGGAGGGUUGGAUUCCCUCUAUGAGACAAUCCACCUCAGCAGCGCCUCUGGAAACGGACUGAACGAUGGUGGAGAGGGGCAGGUGAAGCACGACAGAGGAAACACAGUG